AUGAAGUGGUUGGUUUUUACCUUUAUCUGCCUCCAUCUGGCAGAGGGGCUGGUGAGAGUUCCUCUAAAAAGAUACAAGUCAGCCAGAGAAACUAUGCGGGAAAAAGGAAUUUUGAAUGAAUUCAUGAGGACUCACAAGAAAGAUCCUGCCCUGAAGUACAACUUCAACCAGAAAUAUGAUUUUGCUGUAGCCUAUGAGCCGAUGUACAUGGAUACUUACUACUAUGGUGAGAUCAGCAUUGGAACACCACCUCAGAACUUCCUGGUUCUUUUUGACACUGGAUCAUCUAACUUGUGGGUGCCAUCAACUUACUGUCAAAGUGCAGCUUGUGGCAAUCACAACCUAUUUAACCCCAGCCAAUCUUCCACCUAUACUUCCAAUGGCCAACAGUUUUCCAUGUCUUAUGGAAGUGGCAGUGUCACUGGUGUUUUUGGUUAUGACACAGUAUCGGUUCAGGGACUCACUCUUACUAAUCAGGAGUUUGGUUUGACAUACACAGAGAGUGGCAGCAGUUUCUACUACUCCAAGUUUGAUGGAAUCUUUGGUAUGGCUUAUCCUGCUAUGUCUGCAGGUGGUGCCACCACUGCCAUGCAAGGCAUGCUGCAACAAAAUCUGCUGAACUACCCGAUCUUCAGUGUGUACAUGGGCAGCCAGUCUGGAGAGGUUAUCUUUGGUGGAGUUGAAAACAGUUUGUACUCUGGACAAAUCCAGUGGGCACCAGUAACUCAGGAGGUAUACUGGCAGAUUGGAAUUGAUGCAUUUUCCAUAAAUGGACAAGCUACAGGAUGGUGUGGCCAAGGAUGUCAGGCCAUUGUAGAUACUGGAACCUCUCCUCUCACUGUGCCACAGCAAUAUAUGGGAACUCUCUUACAGUAUCUAGGAGCACAGCAGGGCCAAAAUGGAGAAUUCCUAGUGAACUGUGACUCUAUACAGAACUUGCCAACUAUUAGUUUUACUAUCAACGGAUUCCAGUUCCCUAUUCCACCCUCUGGAUACAUUGUUCAGUAUAAUGGUUACUGCACAGUUGGUGUUGAGGCUACUUAUCUCCCAUCACAAAAUGGACAGCCCCUGUGGAUUCUGGGAGAUGUUUUCCUCAGGCAGUAUUACUCUGUGUAUGAUAUGGGCAAUAACAGGGUCGGCUUUGCUCAGGCAGCUUAAAGUCAUCUUUUCUAUACUGCUGUCUGAAGUAGAACAUAUUCCUUCAAAGUCGUUCUUGCAUUGGUGAAUCUCCUUAAAGCAUUAACUGUAACAGUAUAUCAAUAA